UUGAGAAGGAGGACUUUCUUGACAGGAAGAGAAGAGGAAUUAAACCAGAGAUGUCGGUGAAGGCCUGAAGUUAGACCUCUCCAAACAGAAAGAAGUCGACAAGGACUGAGAAAGAAUCACAUUUCCGGCUAAUCCAAAGAACUCCGGAAGGCGCAAAUCACUGAACAAACAAUUCUUUUCUAAUUAUUCCUCACCUGACCCAUGACUUGUUUAACUACAGUUUAUUGCAAAGUUCAGCAACGUCUUCAGAAAACAGCCAUUAAUAUGCCGGACUACUGAGGCGCAGCCAUUGGUGUCCGAUGAAGAUUUGAGAAGAAUGGCUGUUCCCAACGAGUUCUAUGAGCAGAUCGGUGAGGAUCACCUGAAGAACUUCUCCUUCAUUGGCCGAGGAUCUUUUGGGGACAUAUUCCGAGCUCGCCACCAGAAUUGGGGGACCGAUGUUGCAAUCAAGUUUCUGAACCGGAAUUCUUCCUUCACUCGAGAGGAACUUUUGAAUGAAGCCCGAGCCAUGGACAAAGCCCGCUUCAACUACAUCCUACGACUCUACGGCCUCUUUGUAGGCAAAAUGCAGACAGAUGCUGCCUUGGUGUCAGGCACAGUGCCCAGCUUGGGCUUGGUGAUGGAAUACAUGGAGAACGGUAACUUGUCCAAUUUAAUCUGUCAGGUCCCCUCCAUGCCUUGGGCCCUGCGUUUCCGCAUCCUGUACGAGAUAGCCCUGGCUAUGAAUUUCUUGCAUAACCUCAAUCCUCCAUUGUUACAUCUGGAUCUCAAGCCUAGCAACAUCUUACUUGAUGGGGAACUGCAUGUCCGGGUAUCGGAUUUUGGCUUAUCCAAGUUCAGGCGAGGAACGACCCAGCAAUAUAACCUCAGUUCUGGGGAAGAGGACACCUGUGGUGGGACCCUGGAGUUCAUGCCUCCUGAAUCCUUUGUCGAUUUCCAUUACAAGCCAGCCCCCAGCACGGAUGUCUACAGUUAUGGAAUCCUGAUGUGGUCAGUGUUAAGUAACCAAGAACCUUACCACAAUCUCCACCAUGCCAACUUGAGUUCCUUGAUCAAGAUGCACAUCCCCCGAGGUCAAAGGCCACGGACUGAAGAUCUGGAGAAGCAGGUCGAUCAAGUGCUGAAGCUGGGAAACUUGAUUGACCUCAUGAGAAGAUGUUGGUCUACUGAGAAGGACCAGAGGCCGAGCUUCCGGGAUUGCAGAGAAGAAAUGGAAGUUGCGUAUUGCUGUUACAAGUGGAAGAUUAGGUCAGCUGUCAGUGAAGUCCAAGAUAUUUUGAUGCAGAAUUCUUCUAGAACAGAAGCCAAGGUCCCUUCCGGCUUGAGUUCCAAGGAAGCGAUGAAGUCUGAGGACUACCGAGCAUUCUCUCGUCCUACCUAUGGCUUGGAAGAUCAUUUUCAAACUCUCCACCUGGAAGAAACGCCAUCAGUGCAAAAUGAAGCUCUACCACCAAAAGUCGUUUUAAGGAACAAAUCUUCUGCGACCCUUCACCGAAGUAAAAGCAUGUGUAUCAGGAAUAAAUCUGAAAGGACAGAGCAGGAAAAUCCUCAUGCGUCGGAAGUCCAAACUCCGCAACAGCGCACACUCAGAGGUACUAAGCAACGGCCCCGUUCAGAUACAUUUGCUUCUCCAUUAUAUCCAAAUUAUCCUGCAUACCCUCAUUAUCCGCCGCCUUUUUAUGGCCCCCACCAAGGAGAUAUUGGAUUUGCCCAUCAGAACCAGUCAUUCCUCUGGCGUUCUGCACCUACAGCUUCCUAUGGCGGAGUUCAAAUCAGUGGCAACUGCAACACAGGAAUUCAGAUUGGAGGUGGCAACCACAUGCAUGUUGAACAAGCUCCUCAGACAAGAAAAAGCAGUAACCAAUGAAUGCUGAUAGAAAAUGGACAAUUUCAUCCCUGUGCUUGGGAGCAUUCCAGCCAACUCCACAUGCCUUCUCAAUUGUCCCUGACUUUUCUGCGCAUCCAGCUAUUUCCUAGAAAGAUAGAAUCACAGAACAGAAAGGAUGGAAGUGACUCAGGAAAUCAUCUAUUCCAGGAAUCUCCAAAUUUGGCAACUUUAAGACUGGUAGACUUUAAUUGCCAGAAUUCCCCUGCUAGCAUGGCUGGCUAGGGAAUUCUGGGAGUCAUCUAGUCCAACCCCUUGCCCAAGCAGGAGACCUUACACCAUUUCUGACAAAUGGGAGUCCAAUCUCUUCUUGAAAGUCUCAAGUGAUGAAGCUCCCACAACUUCCAAAGGCAAGCUUCCAUUGGUUGAUUGUUCUUACUGUCAGAAAACAUCUCCUUAUUUUUAGACUGAAUCUCUUCUUGUUCAGUUUCCAUCCAUUAUUCCUUGUCUGGCCUUCAGGUGCUUUGAAAAAUAGCUUGACCCCUUCCUCUCUGUGGCAGCCCCUCAAAUAUUGGAACACUGAUAUCAUGUCUUCCCAGUCCUUCUCUUCAGUAGACUAGCCAUGCCCAGUCUCUGCAACUGUUCUUCAUAUGUUUUAGCCUCCAGUCCCCUAAUCAUCCUGGUUGCUCUUCUGUGCACUUUUUCUAGUUGAACAACAUUGCCAAAAAGGCAUUAAGAGUUGUUAACCUAAUCUUGCAUAGCUUCUUCUCUGGUAAUAUUGUACUACUAACUAGAGCAUACAAAACAUUUGCUAGACAAAUUAUUGAAUACAGCUCAUCUGUCUGGAACCCGCACUGCAUAUCGGACAUAAAUAUAAUUGAGAGAGUCCAGAGAUAUUUUAUGAGAAGAGUCCUCCAUUCUUCUAACUGCAAUAAAAUACCUUAUGCCAGACUCUAAAUUUUGGCCUUAGACAAGUUAAAACUAUGCCGACUUCAGUCUGACCUAAGCAUAGUACAUACAAUUAUCUGCCACAAUAUCCUACCUGUCAAUGACUACUUCAGCUUCAACCACAACAAUACACGAGCAAAUAAUAAAUACAAAUUCAAGAUAAACCGUUCCAAACUAAUUGCAGAAAAUAUGACUUCAGUAACAGAGUGGUCAAUGCCUGGAAUGCACUACCUGACUCUCUAGUUUCUUCCUCAAACCCCCAAAACUUUAACCUAAAACUGUCUACUGUUGACCUCACCCCAUUCCUAAGAGGUCUGUAAAGGGCGUGCAUAAGUGCACCAGCGUGCCUACCAUCCCUGUCGUAAUAUUCCUUUUUACUUACUCUUUUCAUGUAUUCAAAUUAUGUUUAUACUUUUACCUGUUAUCCUACAUAUGCUUGACGAAUAAACUUAUGAUUAUGAUGACUAUGAUUAUGAAGUCCACCAGUCUUAAACUUGCCAAAUUUGGAGACUCUUGAUCUAAUUCAACUGCAUGUCUGCUCUACUGCUUCAGCAUCCUGCAUGGAUGGCCAUCCAGCCUCUCUUAAAACAUCUCUAAUGAAGGAGUGCCCACUACACCCCAGGCUGUCUGCUUUUCUUCUUGGACAGCUUUUACUGUAAAACAUCUCCUGGUGUAACGCCCAACAAAAUUCACUUCGUUAUAAUUUUAACCUGUUGUUUUUUGACCUCACCCUUAGAACCACACUGAAUAAUCAUCUCCCAUUUUGUACAGGAUUUAAAUACUUGAGGGGAGCUACUAUGUCUUUUAACAGUCUUCUCCUUCCUGAUCUUCCUACGAAUGUGCAUGGUUAAUAGUCAGCUCUGAUGGGAAGCUGGAUUCCUUCCGUCAUGCACUUGAUCCAGAGGUGGGAUUCAGCCAGUUCUGUCCGGUUCAGGCGAACCAGUAGUGGUGACUGCGGGAGGCUCCGCCCACCCACCUUGACAUAAUGCGUGAGCAAAGAGCAUGCACAGAAUGGCAUGCUCAUGUGCAGAGGAGGCACAUCCAACCGAAGCGAGUGAUUGCGCGCACAUUUGCGAAUCAGUAGGGAAAGUAAGUGAAUCCCACCAGUGGUGGGUUUCAACAUUUUUUACUACCAAUUCUGUGAGUGUGGCUUGGUGGGCGUGGCAGGGAAAGAUACUGUAAAAUCUUCAUUCCCACCCCACUCUAGGGAAAGGAUUCUGCAAAAUCCCCGUUUCCUCCCGAUCAGCUGGGACUUGGGAGGCAGAGAAUGGAUGGGGGCGGGGCCAGUCAGAAUUUUUACUACCGGUUCUCUGAACUACUCAAAAUUUCCACUAUUGGUUCUCCAGAACUGGUCAGAACCUGCUGAAACCCACCUCUGAAUCCCACCUCUGACCUGAUCCCUACUUUCCCAUCCCGGCCCGUAGAAUUCUGACAUGGUGCUUUCCCCAUCUUUCUGUCAGUUGUUGGAAUUGGCUGGCCUGAGAUAAAUGUUUUUUUUCUUCUUGUAACAAUAAUCAAAUGGAGCCAUUCUAACAAUCUCUACCAAUGGCUUCAAAACAAAACAGGGUGAAAGCUUAAAUGAGAAAUAAUAAUAAAUUUGGGGAAAGAAAGGAGUGCCAUCCAAAGAUUCAAUGAUAAAAGCACUGAAGCACUUGAAGAGUUUAUGGCAGGGACUUCUGGUGGCACCGCAGGCGUCGGCGGCAGCUCCUUUGGGAGCGCUAACCCCCGCGAUCUCGUAAAGCCGCUAGAGCAGCGAAAAUCAGCUGGUCUAGUGGCUCGGAACUUCCCCCUUGGGAGAAGAGGGGAAGGAGAGCAGGCAGGUGUGGGUAGAGCUCCCCAAGAACUCUAGGAUCAAUCCUGGGGUGCGGAGGGUGAGAGCUCCCCAAGCACCUGAAGAAGCUCUGGAUCCGGGACAUUUCUGUUUCAAACAGAACAAGGCGCCGUGACCACCCCUGCGAACUAAAUGAUUUUACAACGAUUGGAUUUGAAAGCAGGCAGAGCAAAGACAGGAGAAAUCACAACUGCAAGUACUAAACUUUAACUCUAAUAAAUUACUACUUCCUUUGGAACUUGAGACGGGAGAAAGUUUAAAAAAGAUGGCGCUGAGUUGCUUAAGGGCGUGAAAAUGAAAGUUAAAAGAGAAAGUGCUUGUUAAUGCUCAUUAAUGCUCAUUAACGCUGUCAGUACCUUUUAAAAGACCUUGUUGGGGAAUUUUGAGGAUUGGAAAUUAAAGAAUACAAUAUUGACUUAUCAUUAAGCCAUAAUAAUUAUUAAAGACUGAGAUUAAGAAGACCUGUUGGUUCUGCUGACUGGCUGGUGGGAAAGUGUAUUUUGGAGAUGGCUGUGAAGCAAAUAAAAACUAUUGUGACUAAAAGUGCGGGGACUUCUCCAGCUCAAACAUCAAAAAUGCAGCCUUUGUUAGCCCCACCAGAUACACAAACAUUGACACUAGAAGUUCUUCAGGGAGCUUUAAAGAAACUGCCCACUGAUUUGGAAGAAAAAAUCACACUCCAUUUUGAGGAAAAAAAUAAAGAAGUGUCUGAGAAACUGCUUGAAAUUAAAGAAACAAUUCAAACUCAAAAUGAUGCAAAAGAGAAGAUAUUGUUGAAGCAUUUAAAGGACUGGUGGGUCAUGUUACAUCAUUGGAAGAAAAGGUGGAUGAAAUUGAUCAGUUUAAUUUGAAUGUGGAAGUUAAAUUGGGAGAGGCUCAAAAUAAGAUGGAAAAGGCGGAAGCAGAACUCAUAAUGACACAAUACAGAGCAAUGGAAUGGGCAGUGAGGGUUAAAGGCUUGAAAGAAAAUAUCCAGGAAAAUCUCAGAGAGAUUUUUGCAGAAGCCCUUGCUCAGUUUACUGGAGAAUCUAAAGCAGAGUGUGACUGGCAAAUAGACAAAAUUUAUUGCAUUAAUUCAUGGAUUGCCAGACAGAGACAACUACCAAGAGAUAUUGUGAUCUACUUUGUUACAAGGAGAACAAGAAAUGGAGUUUUACAAGUUUCCUAUAAGAAGAAACUUCAAGUGGCAGGACAGGAGGUUUCAGUAAUGAAGGAAAUUCCCCCCAAAAUGUUGAGAUCUCGAAAGGACUAUGCAUUUUUAGUUGAUGAACUUAGAAGGUGUCAGUUGCAGUACAGAUGGGAAGCUCCAGCUGGAUUAGUGGUGAAUUAUUUGGGUGAGAGACAUCACCUCAACUCAGUUUGGAAGGCAAGAGAUUUUUACACUACCAUACUAAAGGCUGGAAACCCACCAUCUCCAGAAGCCAGAAGAAGGAAAGAAGCAGGAGAGGCCAGAAAGGGGGAAAAGGAAAUUAUGCAGGCACAAGCUCAAGGAGGUGUUUUGACUACUCAACAAGAUCCAGCCCCGAGAUUUCGUUAGCCUCUAGAACAGCGAAAAACAGCUAUCUAGUGGCUCAAAACUCUCCCCCGGGGGAAAAGGGGGAGAGAAGAGCAGAAGGGUUUGGGUAGAGCUCCCCUAGAUCCCCAGGCUUUCUUUUUUUUAAGGCUGGGGGUUGCAGGGUGAGAGCUCCCUGGAAGCCCUUCAGUGCUCCGGAUCCGGGACGUAUCUGCCUCAGGCAGAACGGGGCGUUGCGACCACACCAGCAGCAAAAGAUUAAAGAUUUAAAGAUUUCUUCCUUGAGAUUUAAAGACACUUUAAAUCUGGAUGCUGGCAGAGCAGAAUCAGGAGAGCAGAACAUGCAAGUAUAAAAGCUUUAACUCCAUUCAAAAAGGGGGGGAAAUGGCACUGAAGAAAAUGAAACUUAUCAGUGAAAGUGCUUGUUAACGCCUGCAACAUUGUUAAAGGUAUUGGAUUAUAUAGAGAAGAAAAAGAAAAAGA